GGUGGGAAGAAUGACGGUAUUUAAACAGGUCAGGAGUGUUUUGCUGCCACGUUUGGACCGAAGAGCCCAGGACUGGAUUCAAGAUGCCGAACUGGGGAGGAGGAGCGAAGUGUGCAGCCUGCGAGAAGACGGUUUAUCACGCCGAGGAGAUCCAGUGUAACGGCAGGAGCUUCCACAAGACCUGCUUCAUCUGCAUGAGCUGCAGAAAAGGGCUGGACAGCACCACAAUGGCAGCGCACGACUCCGAGAUUUACUGCAAGUCCUGCUACGGCAAGAAAUACGGGCCAAAAGGCUACGGAUACGGUCAGGGAGCCGGAGCUCUGAGCUCUGAUCCCGGACAGGACGCAGACCUGCAGCCUCAUGACUCUAAACCACGUCCAGCCUCUUCAAACUCCACUUCCAAUAAGUUCUCCCAGAAGUUUGGAUGUUCAGAUCGCUGUUCUCGCUGCUCCAAAGCAGUCUACGCUGCAGAGAAGGUGAUGGGAGCAGGAAAGCCGUGGCAUAAAACCUGUUUCCGCUGCGCUCUGUGCGGUAAAAGCCUGGAGUCCACCACAGUGACGGACAAGGACGGAGAGCUGUACUGUAAAGUGUGUUACGCCAAAAACUUCGGCCCUAAAGGCUUCGGUCUGGGGAACGCCGCCAUGUUGGAGGAACGACAGUGAACACGUCUGACUUUAAUAAAACUUAAAGUCACUGCAUGGCAGCUGUUUCAGUGGAGACUCAGCGUUUAUCUUUACACUGGAUCAUGAUUUUAUUGCACGACAGAGGCCACGUCAGGCAUCAAAAUCCAUAUAGCAGCAUUUUAUUGUUGCUGUUUUCUUGAAAAUCUGGGAAAAUGUGCACAACAGUUCAGAUUUUUCAUGCUCAGUUCAAAAUAAAACUGUUUUGUUACAUUAAAAA